AUGGCGGCAGGGUCCCAGAGCCCACGUCCGCUUGUCCUGGGCCUGCUGCUGUGUGCGCUCAGCUUGGCUGUGUCCCAGGGUGGGAAGAUAUUGUUGAUCCCCAUGGAUGGAAGCCACUGGCUAAGCUUUAGCGGGGUCAUCCAGCAGCUGCAGCAGAGGGGGCAUGACAUCGUGGUCUUGGCGCCUGAAGCCUCGGUGCACAUUAGAGAAGGAGCAUUUUACACCUUGAAGACCUACCCCGUGCCAUUCCGAAGGGAGGACUUGGUAGCAUCUUUUAUUGAGCUUGGGCAUAAUGCAUUUGAGAAGCAGUCUUUCUUGCAGCGUCUGAUCAAAACUUACAAGAAGGUCAAAGAGGACUCGGCUCUGUUAUUGUCGGGGUGCUCCCAUCUACUGCACAACAAGGAGCUGAUGACCUCCCUGGCCGAAAGCAGCUUCGAUGCUGUGUUGACUGACCCUUUCCUUCCUUGUGGCCCUAUUGUGGCCUGGUAUCUGGCUCUGCCUGUUGUGUUCUUCUUGAAUGCACUGCCAUGCAGUCUGGACUCUCAGGGUACCCAGUGCCCCAACCCACCAUCCUACGUGCCCAGGGCUCUGUCAUUUAACUCAGAUCGCAUGACCUUCCUGCAGCGGGUGAAGAACAUGCUCCUUGCCUUGACAGAGAACUUUAUGUGCAAUAUGGUUUAUUCACCGUAUGGGCAACUGGCUUCGGAAGUCCUUCAGAAAGAUGUGACUGCCGAGGACCUUAUGAGCUCUGCAUCUAUCUGGCUUUUCAGAACGGACUUUGUGAAGAUUGCUCCCAGGCCCAUCAUGCCCAAUAUGGUUUUUAUUGGUGGGAUCAACUGCGCUAACAAAAAACCAUUAUCCCAGGAGUUUGAAGCCUAUGUAAAUGCCUCUGGAGAACACGGAAUUGUGGUUUUCUCUUUGGGCUCAAUGGUCUCGGAUAUUCCAGAGAAGAAAGCCAUGGAAAUUGCUGAUGCUUUGGGCAAAAUACCUCAGACAGUGCUGUGGCGCUACACUGGGACUCGACCAUCGAAUCUUGCGAAGAAUACAAUCCUGGUCAAGUGGCUGCCCCAAAAUGAUCUGCUCGGUCACCCGAAGACUCGUGCCUUUAUCACACAUUCUGGCUCCCAUGGUAUCUAUGAAGGAAUAUGCAACGGCGUUCCAUUGGUGAUGCUGCCCCUGUUUGGCGAUCAGAUGGACAAUGCAAAGCGCAUGGAGACCCGGGGAGCAGGAGUGUCCCUGAAUGUCCUGGAAAUGACUUCUGAAGAUUUAGAAAAUGCCCUCAAAACUGUCAUCAAUGACAAGAGCUAUAAGGAAAACAUCAUGCACCUCUCCAGCCUCCACAAGGACCGCCCCAUUGAGCCACUGGACCUGGCUGUGUUCUGGGUGGAGUUCGUGAUGAGGCACAGGGGAGCCCUGCAUCUGCGCCCCGCGGCCCACUUCCUCACCUGGUACCAAUACUAUUCUUUGGACGUGAUUGGCUUCCUCUUGGCCAUUGUGCUGGGAGUUGCCUUUGUCGUCUAUAAAUGCUGUGCCUUUGGCUGCCACAAAUGCUUUGGGAAGAAAAAGCGAGUUAAAAAAUCUAACAAAUCCAAGGCACACUGA